UCCUGAACGUCCCACCUUCAUGAAGCGCAUGCUGGUGACUAAGCAAACCGUAAAUGACGCCACGAACAGGAUUUUGUAGGAUGAGGGUGGAGUGAGCGACCAUUGCCAUUUUAAAGCAGUACAAGGACGUGGGAGGCUCAUUCGAUUUGUUUACUGCUUCUCAACCCGUUUCUAAAACUUAAGAAUCCAAACUUAAAAGACUAUGGAGGGUGCAAUGAAGUGCGUGAAGUUCCUGUUUUUUUUCUUCAACUUUAUCUUCUGGUUGUGUGGCCUGGCUCUCAUCAUAGUGGGCGUUUUGGCGAGGACUGCAAUCACCAGGAUUCCUGCGAUUCAGGAGGUGGCCAGCACCGGAUCCCCCAUUCUGAUCAUCGUGGUAGGAGCCGUGAUCUUCUUAAUCGCCUUCUUCGGCUGUUGUGGAGCGUGGAAAGAUAACUACUGCAUGGUCACUACGUUUGUCGUCCUGCUCUCAAUCAUCAUCAUCAUCGAAAUUGGAAUAGCCAUUGGUGCUUAUGUCUUGAAAGGAAAGCUGGAGGAUCUGCCGGAGAAGGCCGUGCAGGAAAUGAUGAAAAAUUACACAACAAAUCCAGAUGUUCAGAAGGACCUGGACGAAUUACAGAAAGAGCUGAAAUGCUGUGGAGCAGUGAACGCUUCUGACUGGGCGUUCUUCAAGCCUGACAAGAACUCCGUUCCCGACUCCUGCUGCAAGAACAUCUCAACCAACUGUGGAGCCGGAGCCCUGAAAGACGCCAACAAAAUCUACACAGAGGGCUGUGGGGCUGCUUUGGAAAAUCUUAUCAAGAAAAACAUUCUCUGGGUUGGCGUAGCAGCUCUUGUCAUUGCCUUCAUAGAGAUCUUGGGUGUUGUGUUUGCCUGCACGCUGAUGAGAGGGAUCCGCAAAGGCUACGAGGUCAUGUGAUCCCAUCGUUGAACUUCAGUAAAAAUCACUUUCACACUCCAGUGGAACACUUCAGAUUUGUAAAUGCCUUCUUGCAGAGUCUAAAAUUCUAGACAAAAAAUGUGCCUAUAUGCAGGUAGAGAACACCUGAAUCUUGCUUUUUAAUCAUAGAUGCUGAAUUACUGUCCAUCAUUUCCUUAUUAUGUCUCAUAAAUUUGUACUUUAGUAUUCUUUAUGGACUUCUUUUAGGGAGAGAUUGUACUUUUAUACUCUCACAUUUCAUGUAUUGUAUUAUCAACUUUUCAAUGUUGGAAUGGCAUAAACAAUAAACUUUUACAGUUCCCCCCCAACAUCAUCAGCAUCCAGACAUUUUCACACAUUUGUUUUGACACAGAUGAUUAUCACUGUGUAUCACUACCCUGUAUAAUUUAAUCAUCGUAAAUCAUUACAAAUCGGUAUUUUUCACACGUUACAUUAUUAGCCUUACAGUAUAUUAUUCCAAAAAUUUCACCAGUCUUUGAAUCAGAACAAAAGUAUUUCUUGUCCCAAUAAUUCAAUGUUAAAACAUGAAAAUAAUUAAAUAUAUAAUUGUGGCCCAGUAAUUGACUAGGUAGCUGAAUGACACUGGAAACUCGUGUUGUGCGGUGAUUGGGCAAACAAAUAACGCCUUACUCUUGUAAAUUCACACCUCCCCCACUGGUUUCUCUAUAAUAAUAAACAACAAAGUGGAGUUACUGUUCUCACCCCAAAGUUGAUUAUUUUCCAAUAACAGCAUGUCCUGAAGUGUUUUUUUUUUUUCCUUUCAUACCACAGCAAUUUGCCAACAAUUACAUUUGUUUUUAUUAAGUAAAGAACAUCUCCUACUUUUUAAUCUGUUCGUAGUUACGUUUAAAGCAACGGAACAUCCGUGAAACAAGUUAAUUCCUGAAGACUUUCCUGUAGUGUAAAACUUUAAAUUACCUCCGAUGUCACAAAGCGCCGACACUUGAGACUCCUCCCGAAAAUGUCAAAUGUCUCCAUACUGUAAUGAUCAAUUAUUAUGUUUUCUUUGUUAAAUAACUAGGAUUAAAUGGUACACCAAACAUAGAAGUCCCUGUGAAUGAUUUGUUAUUAUACCGAGUGUCCCAAAAAAGUCUCCAUACAGAUAGGGGAGUAUGUUUGCCAGAACCACGUCGGUUGUGCCUGCGUCAGUGGAACCACGUCGGUCCACAACACUUCCAGACUUUUUGAAUUUGUUAAGCUUGGCGACAGUGUCGUGUGUGACGUGCUCGCCGUGUUUCCUCUUAAAGUCCAUCGCAACCUUGCGACAGCUUCCCGAUCCAGCCGUGAGAAUGAUUUCAAUACGUUCUUCUUUUGGCAAAGGCGUUCUUAAAGGCUAUCUGAAAAAAAGGGGGGAAAAAAUGUAUGUAUGUAUUUGGAAGACAUUUUGCUAAAAAGUGUUAAUUUCCUCUAUGUAUGGAGACUUUUGGGACACCCUGUAGAAACAAUAACGAGCGCGUUUAAUAUAAACCUAUGAUUUAACUUGACUAAUUAGAAUCCAUUAAAAAUUUUACAGUGCUGUGGUAUAAAAAAAAAAUAUGUAAUAUUAGUCCGUUAUAGAAAGUCUAGCUGAAUCCCAAUGUCAUGAUCAAUUAUGUUGAAUUUAUUGGAACACCCCCCCCCC